UGGGCGGCCCCUCGCGCCGCCUCUCCUGCCUAACUUUCCCUCUCGCAACUCCACUGAGAUGCUCAACUUGCGCGGAGCCGCGGAGCAGCCCGGCCGCUCGGCUCCGUCUCCCGCCUCGGACGCCACGCCUCCCUCCGCCGACCCCCAGGCAGGCCUCGGACGGGAAGCGCGGGGUCCGCGGCGAGACUAAGGAGGAGGGCAGCCCAGGGCCCCUCGCGCCCCUCAGCCCAGCCCAGCCCAACCGAGUCCUUCCACCGGCGGAGCAGCGCUGCAGCACCAGGCUUGGCAAUGCCGUUUGGAUGUGUUACCCUGGGAGAUAAAAAGGAUUAUAACCAGCCAUCAGAAGUGACUGACAGAUAUGAUCUGGGGCAGGUCAUCAAAACAGAGGAGUUCUGUGAGAUAUUCCGUGCCAAGGAGAAAUCAACAGGCAAGCUAUAUACAUGCAAGAAGUUUCUGAAAAGAGAUGGUCGUAAAGUGCGGAAGGCAGCCAAGAAUGAGAUCAUCAUCCUUAAGAUGGUGAAACACCCCAAUAUUUUGCAGCUGGUAGAUGUGUAUGUUACCCGGAAAGAAUACUUCCUCUUCUUGGAACUAGCCACUGGACGGGAAGUAUUUGACUGGAUCUUAGAUCAGGGUUACUACUCUGAGCGUGACACCAGUAAUGUUGUCAGACAGGUGCUGGAGGCUGUGGCUUACCUACAUUCCCUCAAGAUUGUACAUAGGAAUCUCAAGCUAGAGAAUUUAGUGUACUAUAACCGCCUGAAGAACUCAAAGAUUGUAAUCAGUGACUUUCAUCUCGCCAAACUGGAGAAUGGGCUCAUUAAGGAACCCUGUGGAACCCCUGAAUAUCUAGCUCCUGAGGUUGUUGGGCGCCAGCGAUAUGGAAGGCCUGUGGACUGUUGGGCAAUUGGUGUGAUCAUGUAUAUUCUUUUGUCAGGGAACCCACCCUUCUAUGAGGAAAUGGAUGAGGAUGACUAUGAGAAUCAUGACAAGAACUUGUUCCGCAAGAUCUUGGCUGGCGACUAUGAGUUUGAUCCACCCUAUUGGGAUGAUAUCUCCCAGGCAGCCAAGGAUCUGGUGGCACGUCUGAUGGAGGUGGAUCAAGACCAAAGGAUUACAGCAGAGGAGGCUAUUUCCCAUGAAUGGAUUUCUGGUAAUGCAGCUUCAGACAAGAACAUAAAGGAUGGUGUAUGUGCUCAGAUUGAGAAGAAUUUUGCCAGGGCAAAAUGGAAGAAAGCGGUCCGUGUGACCACCAUGAUGAAGAGACUCCGAGCACCAGAACACACAGAUGCAGCCAAGGCAAAUCCUCCCGCUGCUGCAUCAACAGACGGGGCUGCCCCCACAGAGACCACCAGCUCCUCACAGGCCAAACCAGAGGCAGAUGGCAAAGUUCCAGCGGCGACUGAGGCAGCCACAGCUACAAUAGCAACAGCCGCCCCUCCUGCAGCAGCAAGCCCAGAAGGAACAGCAUCAACAGCUCCGAUCGCUACUGCAGAAACACCAGCCACCACAGCAGCCCCAGCAGCAGCCCCAGCAGCAGCCCCUGCUACAUGUAAUGGGGAACAAAACACCGCUCCGAGUGCCACUCCAGAGUCCUGGAAUGAGGAGACCGGCUGAGUUAGAGGGGAGCUGGGCAAGGGCAGGGUUGUACCUCUCUUUGUUGUAUCUUUUUUUGUAAAUAGUCACUGGCAUGGUACCCCCAAACUGUCCUAGCUUCCCCAAAAAUCCCCUCUGCGUCUGGCUGUUGGUUGUCUGACUCCGUGUGUCUUCAGCUAGGUGCCAGCAGAGUUUCUAUUUUUUAUGUGACAAAGUCCAAAGUUACCCUAAUGGGCUCCGGUAAACAGAUGGCUGGGCCUCCAUAACCCACUGCAUGAAAUAUUCUCUCUUUCCCUCUCCCUGCCUCCAUUGCUUUCUUUUCCUUUGCCCUAUUGGUAGAUUUUUAUUUAUUUAUUUUCUCGCUACUAGUGGGCAUUUGGUUUUCUUGAUUUAUUUAUGCACUUCUUAGUUUAGCUGCUAACAAAAAUGCAGUCCUCUCAAACUAUUCCCAUUUUCUGUCCAGGUUCUGGACUGUCUGUUGAAUUGAAACCAGAACAAUCAGAUCAGAUAGACUUACCAAUUGGUGAAGGUACAGGGAAUGAAAUGCAGAUUCAAGUCAAGUUGCUAGGAUCUCAGUGAAAUAUACAGAAGUCGACACAU